ACGAAAUUUUUUUGUUCAUAUAUGUAUACAAAUAUAAUUUAACAAAAGACUAUCGAAAAAUAUGACUGAUGAAAAAAUAUUAUUUAUAAAACAUGAACACUCAUCAAAGUUAUAGAAAUUCACCAACAAAUUGGACAUUAGGAGACGCCAUGAAAUAUAAUUUACGGUGCAACCGAAAUAUUAGCGAAAAGAUGACGAAAAAAGACUUCGUAUACGAUAUUCGCCCACCAAUUCAAAGUUCCAGAAAGUUGGAAGAAGGAAAAUAUCCAAUUGUACUACCACUUCAACUACGAAAGAAACAAAGUACUGAUUCAAAAGUGCCCCAAUAUGCUGUUAUUUCGGAAAAAAACAAUUACAACGAAAAUGUUAGUACAAUAAAUAUUUCAGGACAACGAACCUUGAAAUUUGAAUGCAAUUUUUGUCACGAACAAAUAGCUACACUUUUAUCGUUGUCUACCCAUGUAAAAUGUCAUCGACGAAGAUAUUGCAAAUAUUGUUACUGGAUACUAUCAGGAAACGAAACAAUGGAAAAACAUCUCGAAGAUACUCAUCGAAUUGAUCCAGAAUGAUCAACAGCUGUGACAUCAUCAUUCAUGAAGUUCAUAAUAAAAAAAGCUGAUGGAUAACGAAACUUCUUUGUAUGAUAUAUCUCUAAAUGAAGAGUACAUUUUUGACAGGAUUGAUAUAAGAGUAAUUUUUAUUAUGCUUUAUACCAUUGUCUUCGUUUACUGCUUUCUCGGUAAGUGAUCGUCUUGAUCUAGAUCACUUGGAUUAUUACUUGAAUCUCAAAAUAUUGUAAUUGGUACAAUGAUGAAAUUGAUUUGUAUCAAUUGUGUCCAAUGUAUUCUUUCUCAAUUUUUGACAAAAUGAAAAAACGCGAAUAUCGGUGUAAAUCAAUAAAAACUGUUCUUCAAUCGAAAUUUCAAUUCAUUUCUGUAAUAAAUAUUCGUGUUCAUGAAACGUCG